CUAGAAUUUAUGUCUGACUCAGGACGAACUGAAGCAUUAAAUCUGAGGUAGAGGCACGAGUUGAAGUUUGCAAAAGUGGCUUGAUAGGGAAUGAUAACCUUACUCAUCAAAACUACACGUCAAAGUAAAGGUAAGAUAUGUUGAUAUUAUUGUGUCGUUUGUGCAGAUGCAAGCUGAAACUAUUUUCACUGGUGCCUCGUUCUCAGAUUAAUGCUAGCUAACUAAUUUAGCUAGCUCUCGAAACCCUUUUUCUCCAUAUGUAGCACAGGAGGUUGAUGGAACCUUAAUUGGGGAGGACGAGCUGGAGGUAAUGGCUGGAGCACAUGGUUUCCAUGUGUUUGAUGCCAUUCCUUUUUCUCCAUUCCAGCCAUUAUUAUGAGCCGUCCUUCCCAGCCUCAGCAGCCUCCACUGAUAUGUAGCUAGUGUUUUCAGCUGUUACAUUCGCCUGAAUUUAGCUCCACAUAAACUACAUUUCUGACGCUGUGUUUUCAGAAACUACAAUUCCGAUGCUGUGUUAACGUUUAGAGAAGUACAUCUUCGCUUUCAAACCGGUUUUUGAAACAUGCUGAUAUGCCCCAUAUCUUUCAUAUCAGUGAGAAAGAAUAUUUCAAAUAAAUAGUUACUGUAGUAGUUUUGAACAGAUCCACAAGCAUUGUGUGCCUCCAGUUGAUGAGCUACAUUUCCUCCCCAGUUACGCUUACACACUGGUGUUCAGAGCACGCUAGAUAGCUAAUUAGCACAGGUGACCACCUAUGUCUUCAGUAAACAAGCAAUGUGAUAUGGCAGUGUGGGAACCCUAACCAUAUAAAGGUGUGUAGUAAUUUAACCUUUUUGAAUUUUAUUAUUUCUUGCUGAUAUGAAAGAUGUUUCCAAAAACGUACCACUUCCCCCGUCAGAAGAUACUAUAGUCUAUGAAUGGGCUAGCUAACAUGCUAAUUACAUCUGGAUCACAGACUAGACUAGUCAAAUGUAUUUAUCUAUCAUUUUAUCUUUACAUAACUAGCAAGCUGACCUUCUGCAGCAGACAAUUGUGUAGGCUAAGUUUGUAUGUUAGAUUUGUCACUGUCUGGUGACUGACUAAAUCAGGAAUACUCUAAAAGGGAAGGUCUUAGUUACUAGCUACAUUCAAACACAGUCUAACUCUUUGUCUUUCUAACUUACUUUCCAGAGAAGUUAUUUUCCCUCUUUUGCCGUUUGCAAAGCAACAUGUCUGAGGAAUUACUACAGAGGGUGAGAGACCUGGAAGGAGAGGUGGAGAGACUGAAGGCACAGCUGAGAGAAACGGUCAAGGAAGGAACUGGGGAUGAGAUGGAGGUGUCAACCAACUCUGAUGGAAAGAAGGAUAGCAGCAAGCCUGAUGCUGGUGGCAGGAAAAAGGGUGAAAAAAGGAGUCGGGACCGACCGUUUGAUUUCUCUGCCCAUCCUCGGCGCCAUGUUGCACUCCGCUUGGCCUACCUGGGCUGGGCCUAUCAGGGCUUUGCUGUCCAGGAGAACACUGACAACACUGUGGAAGCCCGGCUCUUCGAGGCUCUUCUGAAGACUCGACUGAUCCAGGAUCGCCAGAGUUCUAACUAUCACCGUUGUGGCCGCACUGACAAAGGAGUCAGUGCCUUUUCCCAGGUCAGAUAACUUGGCCUACUACACCUCCAACAAUAACAUGCUAAUAGUUCUUGAAAACAUUGGAGCAAUAGCGGGCAACUUCUCCCAACCCAACUCUGUUACGUUAAAUAAUAUGGACAAGUAGGUAUCUUGUAGCUCAAUUGGUAGAGCACGGCGCUUGCAACGCCAGUGUUGUGGGUUCGAUUCCCACGGGGGCCAGUAUAAAAAAAUGUAUGCAUUCACUAACUGUAAGUCGCUCUGGAUAAGAGCGUCUGCUAAAUGACAAAAAUGUAAAUGUAAGUUUGCAAUGCCUGAGGUUAAGCUUGCAAGGCUAUAUGGUUGCUACCUGGCAAUGCAUGGACAUAAACAUGUAUAUUGUAAGAAAUUCCCAACUCCCAUUUGGUUUUUGCCUUAACCGUUUUCUUUUUUUCUUGACGUAGGUCAUGUCCAUAGACUUGCGCUCCACUCAGUUUUGUGGAGGCCUAGGAGUGACCCUCCCGUCCAAUGUCGAUGCUGGUGUCAAGAACAAAGCGGACGUGGCGGAGCUACCGUAUGUGAAGAUGCUGAACAGAGUCCUGCCCCAGGACAUCAGGAUUCUUGACUGGUCACCUGCUGCGGAGGGCUUCAGUGCGCGCUUCGACUGUCAGUCUAGGACUUACCGGUACUACUUCCCACGCGGGGCUCUGGAUGUAGCGUUGAUGGCAGAGGCUGCCAAACAGUGAGUGGUGCGAAAUUAUCCAGCACUUCAAUUGAAGACAAGUCAAAUAGACAAUGAGCCAUAUUGUCUUGUUUACCCUAGAUUAUUUCUAGGGCAGGUUGCAAAGCUUAGGCCUUCUAAACAAUAUUGGCUAUUGAUCCUAAAAAUGUCAAAUGAUACUGACUGAAGCUAAAUUAUUUAGUCAGAUUGGCAGAGCUAGGCUGGGGCAACCCUCCCUGCUUGAUAAAAAGCAGGGGAAACACUUCCAUUGCUAUGUUCUCAACACCACAGUUUGAAAUCACAAGUCAUUUUAGAAGCUGAACUGAAAGCCCCGCAUCUUCUCCUUACUCAUUGGUCUCCAGCUACGAGGGCACUCACGACUUCCGCAACCUGUGCAAGAUGGACGUGGGCAACGGAGUGCUGCAGUUCCAGAGGACCAUCCUGUCUGCCACGGUCCAGCCUGUCCAUCAAACUUCCCCUACUAUGCCCACUACCACAGACCCAUACGACCUCUUCAUAUUUGAGAUCAAAGGACUGGCCUUCCUCUAUCACCAGGUCAGAGAAUACUCCCAGACUCAUUGGACAUACACAUUUUGGUCUGUGACGUAUUGCAUAUGGAUUAUAUAUGAAUGUUUUGACACUUGUUUUAGCACUUUGGGUUUUUGAAAAUUGCGUUACAAAUAAAAUGUUUUAUUAAAAUCUGUUAUCACCCAGCACUACCUCCAUGCUAUACUGUCUGUUGUUCUUCCCACUAGGUGCGCUGCAUGAUGGCAGUGCUGCUGCUGAUUGGCCAGAAGCUGGAGGCCCUAGAGAUAGUGGAUCAACUCCUGGAUGUGAAGACGAAUCCCAGGAAACCUCAAUAUAGGUGAGUUGGUCUAGGCAUUGCUAUCCAGAGACUCUUCCAAACACUCACUAGAAAAGCAAAUAACACAUCUAUUUUGGACAGCAAGACAAGUCAUUAAAAAAACAUGUCCGCCAUAGCUUUGUCGUGUCCGUUAGGCACCAAACGGAAAAAACCCUCACAAAUCUGAACAUGUCCAAAACGUGUCAUUUUCCAUUGUAAAACAUUUUUGCCUUAGUGUGCCCUCAUGAGCACAACCCAGUACAAAAGCGAGUGGUCUUUCUAUUUUUCAUUCAGCAUGGCGGUGGACUUUCCCCUGGUGCUGUUCAACUGCCAUUUUGUGGGGUUGAGCUGGCGCAGGGAGGCUGAGGAGGCAAAACACGCCCUGGCCACGCUGCAGCAACACUGGACCCAGACAGCAGUAAAGACCCAGGUCAUCCACGGCAUGAUCCAAGGUCUAGAGAGCACAGGUCCGUCAAUCCUUCAUUGAAAUCUAAUCCAACUUUAUUAAUCCCCAUCCUAUUGUCUACCACUGCAUAGAGGGAGACUAUAGUGUGUGGUGCAAGUGAAGUAUAAAGGCUACAGGUAAUCAAAUUGUAUUUGUCACAUACGCUGAAUACAACAGGUGUAGACCUUACAGUGAAAUGCUUACUUACAAGCCCUUAACCAACAAUGCAGUUUUAAGAAAAAUAAGUGUUAAGUAAAAAUAAAAGAAGAAAAAUAGAAAGAAAACAAAUUAUUAAAGAGCAGCAGUAAAAUAACAGUAGCGAGGCUAUAUAUAGGGGGUACCAGUACAGAGUCAAUGUGCGGGGGCACAGGUUAGUCGAGGUAAUAUGUACAUGUAGGUAGAGGUAAAGUGACUAUGCAUAGAGAACUGACAAAAUAAAGGAAACGCCAACAUAGUGUCUUAAUAGGGUGUUGGGCCACAACGAGCCAGAACCGCUUCAAUGCACCUUGUCAUAGAUUCUGCAAGUGUCUGGAACUCUAUUGGAGGGAUGCUAAACCAUUAUUCUAUGGGAAAUUCCAAGGUGGUGGAAAACGCUGACUCGGGUGCCGCUCCAGAAUCAUCCAUAAGUGUUCAAUUGGAUUGAGAUCUGGUGAUUGAGACUCCCAUGGCAUAUGGUUUGCAUUGUUUUCAUACUCAUCAAACCAUUCAGUGACCAUUCAUGCCCUGUGGAUGGGGGUAUAGCCAUGGUAUCCAAAAUAAUGGCCUGCCCAGCACUUUUAUCAGUGGACGCUGCUGAAGGGAGAAUGGCUCAUAAUAAUGGCCGGAACGGAGCAAAUGGAAAGGCAUCAAACACCUGGAAACCAUGUGUUUGACGUAUUUGAUACAGUCCACUGAUUCCGCUCCAGUCAAUACCACGAGCCUGUUCUCCCCAAUUAAGGCGCCACCAACCUCCUGUGAAUUGUAUUUAUGUAUUAUUAUUUAUUUUUUAAUAAAUACAUGACCCCAAUCAUGAUGGAAUGGUAAUUGGUUCAUUAACUCAGGAACCAUACUUGUGUGGAAGCACCUGCUUUCAAUAUACACUGCUAAAAAAAAUAAAGGGAACACUUAAACAACACAUCCUAGAUCUGAAUGAAUGAAAUAAUCUUAUUAAAUACUUUUUUCUUUACAUAGUUGAAUGUGCUGACAACAAAAUCACACAAAUUAUCAAUGGAAAUCAAAUGUAUCAACCCAUGGAGGUCUGGAUUUGGAGUCGCCCUCAAAAUUAAAGUGGAAAACCACACUACAGGCUGAUCCAACUUUGAUGUAAUGUCCUUAAAACAAGUCAAAAUGAGGCUCAGUAGUGUAUGUGGCCUCCACGUGCCUGUAUGACCUCCCUACAACGCCUGGGCAUGCUCCUGAUGAGGUGGCGGACGGUCUCCUGAGGGAUCUCCUCCCAGACCUGGACUAAAGCAUCCGCCAACUCCUGGACAGUCUGUGGUGCAACGUGGCGUUGGUGGAUGGAGCGAGACAUGAUGUCCCAGAUGUGCUCAAUUGGAUUCAGGUCUGGGGAACGGGCGGGCCAGUCCAUAGCAUCAAUGCCUUCCUCUUGCAGGAACUGCUGACACACUCCAGCCACAUGAGGUCUAGCAUUGUCUUGCAUUAGGAGGAACCCAGGGCCAACCGCACCAGCAUAUGGUCUCACAAGGGGUCUGAGGAUCUCAUCUCAGUACCUAAUGGCAGUCAGGCUACCUCUGGCGAGCACAUGGAGGGCUGUGCGGCCCCCCAAAGAAAUGCCACCCCACACCAUGACUUACCCACCGCCAAACCGGUCAUGCUGGAGGAUGUUGCAGGCAGCAGAACGUUCUCCACGGCGUCUCCAGACUCUGUCACGUCUGUCACGUGCUCAGUGUGAACCUGCUUUCAUCUGUGAAGAGCACAGGGCGCCAGUGGCGAAUUUGCCAAUCUUGGUGUUCUCUGGCAAAUGCCAAACGUCCUGCACGGUGUUGGGCUGUAAGCACAACCCCCACCUGUGGACGUCGGGCCCUCAUACCACCCUCAUGGAGUCUGUUUCUGACCGUUUGAGCAGACACAUGCACAUUUGUGGCCUGCUGGAGGUCAUUUUGCAGGACUCUGGCAGUGCUCCUCCUGCUCCUCCUUGCACAAAGGCGGAGGUAGCGGUCCUGCUGCUGGGUUGUUGCCCUCCUACGGCCUCCUCCACGUCUCCUGAUGUACUGGCCUGUCUCCUGGUAGCGCCUCCAUGCUCUGGACACUACGCUGACAGACACAGCAAACCUUCUUGCCACAGCUCGCAUUGAUGUGCCAUCCUGGAUGAGCUGCACUACCUGAGCCACUUGUGUGGGUUGUAGACUCCGUCUCAUGCUACCACUAGAGUGAAAGCACCGCCAGCAUUCAAAAGUGACCAAAACAUCAGCCAGGAAGCAUAGGAACUGAGAAGUGGUCUGUGGUCACCACCUGCAGAACCACUUCUUUAUUGGGGGUGUCUUGCUAAUUGCCUAUAAUUUCCACCUGUUGUCUAUUCCAUUUGCACAACAGCAUGUGACAUGUAUUGUCAAUCAGUGUUGCUUCCUAAGUGGACAGUUUGAUUUCACAGAAGUGUGAUUGACUUGGAGUUACAUUGUGUUGUUUAAGUGUUCCCUUUGUUUUUUGAGCAGUGUACUUUGUAUCUCUCAUUUACUCAAGACUUUCCGUUAUUUUGGCAGUUACCUGUAUGAUCAAGUGCUAGUUGUAUUAUACUCAGGGGUUACAUUGGGAUUUUAUAUGUGGGGAUGUGUAAUGGAACAACAGAUUUUCUCCAUCAACAGGUGGGACCUCCUCUCCCCAUUGCUGGCUGAUGGAAGGUACCAAACAGAGGACCUAUCGGCCCUUGCUUGAGCGUCCACGCUGCGAGAGCCUGGAGUCCAGGAUAGAACACUUUGUUAAAAGAGGCAGGCUUGAACGAGAAGAAGGGGAAAAUGGUGAUGAAACGGUACACAAGGGCAAAAGGUCGAAGCACUCGCACAACGCCUCAGUCCGUCUGUCCUCCCCGACGUGUCAUCGUCCUUCUGACCCCAGCGCCAAUCCGAAACCACAAGAUUGACACCUGCUAGAGAAAUUGGACUUGUCAUAUAAUAUUGACUGAAUUCUUAAUGCUGUUAUUUUACUUUUAGCUUUUUUUAUGGAGCGGAGAAACAAUUGUAGGUUUAUUUGUUAGUCUCUGGAAUAAAUCAAUUUGAGAUUCAUCCUAAAGGGUUGAAUUUUACUCAAAUAUAGAUGUGCCUCAUUUAAAGUGUGUAAUGUAAAACUUGGAUAGGGAAAUAAAAUAACCUUUAAUCAUUGAAGAUUUGUCAAGUUUCAUGGCCCACCCAUAGAAUUAGC